ACGUAGCAGAAAAAAAAUUGCAUGUCCAGGAAGUGACGUAGUCUUCGCGCAUGCGUGUGGCUGCUCAUGUAUUCCGCUUCUCAUCGUGUAGUAACAACACUAAAGACAACAUUCAACGUCCAGUCUGCAUUAUGGCAAUAAAUCAUUAAAUCUGCAUUGUCUUAGACGCGAAGGCAGAUUUAUUUACACCACUGUUGGAUGCAUCUUUCUUUUUGCAUUUCAGUCACUCUUUGUUAUGGAAGAAAAGGAAAUCAGUUUUAUUGAUCAGAAUAUUUCAAGUUUGCUGGUGGUUCCCUUGCAUCCCUCCGUAACAUCACUCACGCUGCACUGCAACAACAUCCCGAGGAUCGAGGGCCUGAACUCGGCAUGGCUCCUGAGGCACUUGGACCUCUCCUCCAACUGUAUCUCAAAGAUUGAGGGUCUAAGCACGCUCACGUCUCUGAGGACUUUGAAUUUAUCUUGUAACACAAUUAAGAAGGUUGAGGGACUGAACGGCCUUGUGAGGUUAACCAGAUUAGAUUUAUCCUUCAAUCAGAUAAACGACCUCACUGGUUUGUUGCAUCUUCAUGGCCCAGGAAGCAAAUUGAAGUACCUCAGUCUCUAUAGCAACCACCUGGGCAGCAUCGACCACCUCCUGCAGUGCCUGCUGGGAUUGCGCGCCUUAGGAGAGGUCCUUUUGAGCCGAGACGGCAAAGAUAACCCACUGUGUAGGGCACCAGGCUACCGGGAGAUUGUCAUGCGGUCGUUACCGCAAGUGUCAUUUCUGGAUGGCCUGGAUAGGCUGGGAAAUCCGUCACACUCCCAGGCUGACAGUCUGUUUGACAUUCCUGGGCUGGAGAACUACGUGGACCUCCUCUGCUCAGACGCUAGUCACAGUGAUGUGGACGCCCUUCUGACCACACCAGGCAUCAACAAGGUUCUGGCCAGCUUUCAACAAAGCGUUGCUCCUGAAGCGGCGCUCCCCAAGGAGAAGCACGCCCAGCAGGUCCGCUUCUUCGAUGCUGAGCAAGCACUUAACGAAGAACGGGUCAAGAAACUGGAACAGCAGGUGUCGCGCCUCAUUCUGCAGGCUUCUGCAAGGCACAAUUCUGGUCCCCCAAGAGAAAAAGUACCCAAGGCCAAGAAGGACACGGACCGCACAUCAGAGAGUGAGUGUGACAGCGGGAAGGAAAACUUUGGACGCACGGCGAUCCCAAAAUAUCGCAAAAGUGCAUCAAGGAGAUUUGACAGCGAUCAGGAAAAUCCCAAACAGAAGAUUUCCAAGUCUGCUGUUAGACCCAGGAGGUGUUCUUCCACAACCAAAGGAGGCACAGAUGCAUCAAGGCCAGCAGGAAGCGUCUCACUGAGUGCACCAAGCAAUGAGAAAUCCAAGUUCAACGAGGAGGAAACUUACAGGGCUAUUGUGGAGGAGCGGGACCAGGAAAGAGAGAGGCGAUGGAAGGCCGAGCAGGCCGUCACUAAACUCACAGAGGAUCUAAAGUGCCUUAAGACCAAAGUCAGUGAGGAGAAAGACCUGCAGAGCAUGGCCAUGCACACCACAGACAGGCUGAAAGAUGUUCUGCUGAAGGAGCAAUCGGGACGCUGUGAACUGCAGAUGCGUGUAGAGGAGCUGCAAGGCAGGUGUCGAUCUUUGACUCAGAAGCUGCAACAGGCCCGCGGCGCGGAGGAGCAGCAGAAACAAUCAAUACUCAAACUGAAGGAGAACAUCUCCGCUGGAGAAGCGCACCGAGCUCGCCAGCAGGCUGAAGAGAUGAAGCGGCACCAGGAGCUGGAGAACAAGGUAUCGGCCCUGAAGCGGGAGUUACACAUUCAGAGGGCCAGCGUGUGCCAGCACACUGACAAAGUACAGCAGCUGCAGGAACUGCUGGCAAACCGAGAACAAGAGCACAGGAAGCAGCUGGAGAUGCGGCUGCAGCCGGGCGGGGUUGAAUUCCUUGCGGCGGUGGCGCAAGAAGUGGCGUCUCAGGUCCAAAAACACAGUCGGAGGGAGUCUGAGUUGAAGGAGACGGCGGAGGAAAGCAAGAAGGCGUAUGCAGCCUUGGAGGAUGAAUUCCGCAUGGCGCUAACCAUCGAGGCGUCACGCUUCUCCGAGGUGAAGAAGGCCUGUGACAAAAUGACUGCACAGCUGUCGGAGCUCAGAAUGACCCUGGCUGACUCGCAGCUGACGGAGAAGAAAUCUGCCUCCAUGGUGCAGGAUCUCACAGCCAUAGUCAAGGAGCAGAAGAGGCGCAUUUCAGACCUCAUAAAAGAAAAGAGAGAAGCCGCAACUGAGCGUAAGAAGCGUGUUCAAGCUCUUGAAGCUGAACUGGAUCAGGACCGCCGCCUCGGCCUUCAGUUGGAGAUGCUGAAAAAAGAAAAGGCGGGUCUGUCAUCCCAGCUUACGGCGCAGGAGUCUGUCAUAGACGGCCUCAGGGCAGAGAGGAAGCUUUGGGGCCAAGAGCUCGCUCAGCAAGGAGCGUCCCUGGCUCAGGACCGUGGCCGCUUGGAGUCCAGAGUCGAGGUGCUGGGCGCUGAGCUGGAGGCGCAGAAGAAGCAGAAUGACAAGAGCGACGACUCCCUCCGAAUCAAAAGCAAAAUCAUAGAGGAUCAAACCCAAACCAUCCGCAAGCUCAAAGAGACCCUGCAGGAGCGCGACGAGCUGGUCCGCAGGCUGCGAGACGAAAAAGCAGAGGCCCAAAAGACCUUCCAGCAGCAGCUCGAGGAGGAAACGUCUCAGAUGUCCGAUCUGAUAGAACGUGUGGAACACCUCAGCCUGCGCAAGGAGGAGCUGAAGCAGCAGUUGGUCGACAAGGAGGAAGAAAUGAAACACAUUUACAGGCAGGAGAAGGCUCAGAUGCUCACCCAGCUGGAGAGCAAAGUGAAGGGCAUGAAGGACAACUUUCACAGCAAGGAACGCUCGCUUGUGGAAGAGCGAGACAACGCCACAGAAGCCCACAGAGCUGCGAUGGAGAAACUACACUGCAUGGACGAAGCGUUACAUCUGCAGCUGGAGUCCGUACGGGCCGCCCAUCAAGCUGAGCUGCUUCAGCUGGCCAAUGACAAGCACAGACAGAUAGAACUGGCCAAUCAGAAGGUGUAUGAAGUGGAGGAGGAGAUGCGCCAGCUGCUGCUUGAAAACGAAAACGACAAAAGAACCAUGGAGAAAGUGAACCGUCUUACUAGCGCAGGGGUCGGCAACCCGCGGCUCCGGAGCCGCAUGCGGCUCUUUGACCAGUCUGAUGCAGCUCAGCUGCAUCCUUGCCGACCCUCCCGAUUUUCCCAGGAGACUUACGGAUCUCAGUGCCUCUCCUAGCAAUCUCCCGGGGCAAAUAUUCUCCGAUUUUCACCCUGACAACUUAAUUAGGGGCGUGCUGUGAUGGCACUGCAUUUAUUAUCCUCUAUAGCCUGUACACACAACGCGCCAGCCUGUCUACAUGUUGUAUGUAGCUUUUACUUGCACACGUAGGAGACAGCAAGGCAUACUUGGUCAACAGCCACACAGCUUACACUGACAGUGGCCGUAUGAAACAACUUUAACACUGUUACGUUACAAAUAUGCGCCACACUGUGAACCGACACCAAAAAAGAAUGACAAACACAUUUCUGGAGAACAUCCGCACCGUGACACAACAUAAACACAACACAACAAAUACCCAGAAUCCCAUGCAGCCCUAACUCUUCCAGUCUACAUUAUACACCCCCGCUACCAUCAAACCCCCCCCCCCCCCCCCCUCCUCCGUGCGUCGGUGCUGCUCGGCCAUGGAAACCCAUUCCACGAAGCUCUCUGGGUACUGUACGUGGGCUAAUUGGAAGGUCACAUGAAGUUUGGAGCGCCUUAGCAACUGACUGUGCAGAAGGUCUUUGCACUAUGCGCUUCAGCAUCCGCCGACCCCGCUCUGUCAGUUUACGUGGCCUACCGCUUGGUGGCUGAGUUGCUGUUGUUCCCCAAACUCUUCACUUUUCUUACAAUAAAGUUGACUUUGGAAUAUUUAGGAACGAGGAAAUUUCACGACUGGAUUUGUUGCACAGGUGGCAUCCUACGCUGGAAAUCACUGCGAGCGGCCCGUUCUUUCACACAUGUUUGUAGAAAGAGUCUCCAUGCCCAAGUGAUUAGGACACCUGAUUCUCAUCUUUUGGAUGGGUGGCCAAAUACUUUUGGCAAUAUAGUGUAUAUAUAUCGUACUUGCCAACCCUACCUAUUUUCCCGGGAGAGUCCCGAAUUUCAGUUCCCCUCCCGAAAAUCUCCCGGGGCAACCAUUCUCACGAAUUUCUCCCAAUUUCCACCCGGCCAACAAUAUUGGGGGCGUGCCUUUAGCGUCCUCUCUCACCUGAAACCUUCACCCUUUAACGGCCGCAUGCUGUCCUCAGUCA